AUGUCUUCCAUCGGAAUUGAUUUGGGUACCACCUACUCCUGUGUCGGAGUCUGGCAAAACGACCGUGUUGAGAUCAUUGCCAACGACCAGGGUAACAGAACUACCCCAUCGUACGUCGCUUUCAACGACACCGAGCGUCUCAUUGGAGAUGCCGCCAAGAACCAGGUCGCCAUGAACCCAACCAACACCAUCUUCGACGCCAAGCGUUUGAUUGGCCGUAAGUUCUCCGACCCAAUCGUCCAGUCCGACAUGAAGCACUGGCCAUUCAAGGUCAUCCAGAAGGAGGGUGACAAGCCAUACCUCCAAGUCGAGUUCAAGGGUGAGGCCAAGAGCUUCUCCCCAGAGGAGGUUUCCUCCAUGGUUCUCCUCAAGAUGAAGGAGACCGCCGAGGCCUACCUUGGAAAGACCAUCAACAACGCCGUCAUCACCGUCCCAGCCUACUUCAACGACUCUCAGCGUCAGGCCACCAAGGACGCCGGUGUCAUCGCCAAGUUGAACGUCCAGCGUAUCAUCAACGAGCCAACCGCCGCCGCUAUUGCCUACGGUCUCGAGAAGAAGUCCUCGACCGAGCGUCACAUUCUGAUCUUCGAUCUGGGUGGUGGUACGUUCGAUGUCUCCCUCCUCACCAUUGAGGACGGAGUCUUUGAGGUCAAGGCCACCGCCGGAGACACUCAUUUGGGAGGUGAGGACUUUGACAACCGUAUGGUCAACCACUUCGUCGACGAGUUCAAGAGAAAGCACAAGAAGGAUCUCAUGACCAACCAACGUGCCCUCCGUCGUCUUAGAACCGCCUGUGAGCGCGCAAAGAGAACCCUCUCCUCGUCUGCCCAGGCCUCCGUCGAGAUCGACUCCCUGUACGAGGGAAUUGACUUCUACACCUCAAUCACCCGUGCCCGUUUCGAGGAGCUCAACGCUGAUCUCUUCCGUGGCUGCAUUGACCCAGUCGAGAAGGUCCUCCGUGACGCCAAGAUGGACAAGAAGACCAUCGACGAGAUCGUCCUGGUCGGAGGUUCAACCCGUAUCCCCAAGGUCCAGUCCCUGUUGCAGGAUUUCUUCAACGGCAAGGAGCUGAACAAGUCCAUCAACCCAGAUGAGGCCGUCGCCUACGGUGCCGCCGUCCAGGCUGCCAUUCUCAACAACGAGGGUGGUGAGAAGGUUGCUGACCUCUUGCUGCUCGAUGUCGCUCCACUGUCCAUGGGUCUCGAGACCGCCGGUGGUGUCAUGACCGUCCUCAUCCCAAGAAACACAACCAUCCCAUGCAAGAAGCAACAGACCUUCUCCACCUACUCUGACAACCAGCCAGGCGUACUCAUCCAGGUGUUCGAGGGUGAGCGUCAGAUGACCCGUGACAACAACCUGCUGGGCAAGUUCGAGCUGUCCGGUAUCCCACCCGCUCCACGUGGAGUUCCACAAAUCGAGGUUACUUUCGAUAUCGACGCCAACGGAAUCCUCAACGUCUCUGCCGAGGACAAGUCCACCGGUAACAAGCACAAGAUCACCAUCACCAACGACAAGGGCCGUCUGUCUGCUGAGCAGAUCGACCGCAUGGUCAAGGAGGCCGAGAAGUACAAGGCUGAGGAUGAGGCCCAGCGCCAGAAGGUCGAGGCCAAGAACGCCUACGAGAACUACGCCUACACCAUCCGUAACACCAUGAGAGACGAGAAGGUCACCGCCAACCUGUCCGCCGACGACAAGAAGUCCAUCGAGGAUGCUUCCGAGGAGGCCAUCAAGUGGUUGGAGGCCAACGCCUCUGCCUCCAAGGAGGAGUUCGAUGCCAAGAGAAAGGAUCUCGAGAACAUCGUCAACCCAAUCAUGACCAAGAUGUACCAGGCCUCCGGUGGUAUGCCAGAGGGAGGUAUGCCAGGUGGUUUCGAUCCAUCUGCCGCUGCCGGUUCCGCCCCAAGACCAACUCGUCCAGAUGAGGACUUGGAUUAA